UGACGUCUUGUUCAUGCUCGCUCUGCUCAGGUAGGCUGCAUGUUGCAGAUGUAAGUGGAUGUAUUUGUGGUAUUUCGGCGCGGAUAGAAUAAAGUGGAACACGCGUCCGCGGGGAGACAGACAGGCUCCGGACCCCGGCGCAGUAUCGCCUCUCACCGAUGACAGCGCGCUCUCUGGGGUCCAGUCAUCAUGCUUCCCUGGGCGGGUAAAGACUUUCUGGUGCGCAUACGGUUUUUCUGGAGACCUCUCUUCCAGGGCCGCUACCUGCUGCUCACCAACACCCUGAGCGGAGGAGUCAUGCUGGGACUCGGUGAUAUCCUGCAACAGAGCCGUGAGAACCGCAGAAACCCAGAAAGAAUCAGAGACUGGAAGAGAACAGGGCGCAUGUUUGCGGUCGGCUGCUCCAUGGGUCCUCUGCUGCACUACUGGUACAGCUGGCUGGACAGAGUGUAUGUGGGAAAAGCUGUAAACACCUUGAGCAAGAAGGUCCUGGUGGACCAGAUGGUCGCCUCACCAACACUGGGCAUGUGGUAUUUUUUAGGAAUGGACCUUAUGGAGGGACGCUCUUUAUCAGAAGGAUGGGCAGAGUUCAAAGAAAAGUUCUGGGAAUUUUAUAAGGCGGACUGGUGCGUUUGGCCCGCUGCACAGAUGAUCAACUUCUACUUCCUCUCGCCCAAAUUUCGAGUCGUGUACAUCAACUUCAUCACUUUGGGAUGGGACACCUACCUCUCCUACCUCAAACACAGAGAGGACGACCAGAAUGCUGAGAUCUCAUCAGACAGCAGCGUUCAGGAUGCGCAGAACAAAACGCUCCCGCCGCCGGAGCCCCUUCAGGAGAAAGCCUAGAGUCAGAGGUCAUCCUCAGCUGUGAAAUCCUUCACUGGCAAAAGACACUGUGCAGUUUUUUGUGUUUUUGGACUUCGUCCCUCUCCUGUAUAAAUGCUGCAAGACUGUGGCGUGCAUACAUCGGUUUAAAUCUUUUUAUUUCCCCUCCCUUUAAAUGGACCACUUAUAUUGAUCAGAGGAGGUGAUGAUGUUUGAGCUGAAGCGCUGACUGUGUUUGAAUACUUUGUAUGUUUUUGUUUCUGAGUCGUGUGCACUCCUGGAUGUCUGUUCAGGGAAGAAAAGCUGUUUCACUGCCCUCGGCCGUUGCACUUUGAAAUCUGAAAAUGCAUUGUCCAGUUGGUAAACGUAGUUGAAGUUGGAAACUGAUUAUGAUUCUGAAUGUGUGUGUUUGUGUGUGUGAGUGUAUUUGAGUGGCUGAAUUUAGCAACAGACCAAGCUAUCCUGUGUAAGCUUUGCCUUAAAACAUAGUACCACAUUUGUUUGCAUACCAAAUGACCUUUACUUAUUUAAAUUUUCCGUAUGUGGUACGUUUCAAAUGAUGCAUGAUGAUUGUGAUUACUGUUCCAUUGAAAGCUGUUAGAAUUUAUCAUAAGAUGCAGAACUAUGCAUGAGAACUCGAUCCCUGUAAGAUUAACUGUAGAAUUGACCUAAUACACUGUGUGUCAUACCAGCUAAUUUAAAAAUGAGGCAGCUUUGGUGAUUUAUCUGUCCAUUCGAUAAUACAACAAACAGUGUAUAUUGUUGGUAUUUAUCCAACAUGUGCUCUGGUGCUGUGUUCAUUCUCAUUCAACAUUAAUUAUUUGACUCUAUGAUUGUCGUCACAGAGGUAUCUGAGUAUUUUGAUUUGACUUAUUUGCUGGUUUGUGUUGCUAAUUAUUGAAAUAUGUAAUUUAAAGAGAUGGAUUAA